AUGGACGAGUCCCCCAUUCUACACAGCGCCAGUGAAAAGCACCGAAACAACAGCACUGUGCUCCGAGAUCUGAUCAUCGGCUUCGCAGAUGGGCUCACGGUGCCCUUUGCCCUUACCGCGGGAUUAUCAUCCCUUGGAUCCUCCAAACUUGUCAUAACAGGCGGCCUUGCCGAACUCUUCAGUGGCUCCAUCUCCAUGGGACUUGGGGCUUAUCUGGCCUCUGUCACCGACAAGCAACACUAUGACACAGAGAAAACUCGGGAGCAAAAGGAGGUGCGGGAGUCGCCCGAAGAGGAGAUGGAGGAGAUAUACCGCAUUCUCUGUGCGUACGGCCCUCAGAGAGCAGACGUCGCCCCAUUCGUCAAUGCGAUGAGAUUGUAUCCAGACCAAUGGGUCCAGUUCAUGAUGGAUUUCGAGUUGAAGUUGGAAGAACCUGAUCGGCGUUCAGCGUACGUCUCGGCAGCGGUUAUGGGAAUUUCAUACUUCAUCGGGGGUCUGCUGCCCAUGAUUCCGUAUUUCGCCAUUCAUCGCGCUACCCAUGCUCUUUUUGUGUCGAUAGGCAUCACCGCCAUUAUUCUGAUCGUCUUCGGUUAUCUCAAAUGCGCUUACGCCGGGUGUAAUCAACGACAGUCGAUCUGGGGCGCUGUGCAGACUCUGUGUAUAGGCGCAACCGCGGCAGGAGCAAGCUACGGGAUUGUCAGGGCGGUGGAUUCGAGUAAUAUACAUUGA